GGCUAUACAGUAUAAUAUAAAAAUAGGAACAUAAUGGGCAAAAAAGAAAACAAAGCUAAAAAUUCAGCGAGCAGAAAAAACUCUUUGAAAAAUAAGAGUAAAGAUGGAAAACCAAUAGUCUCCGAUGAUAAGAAAGUGACAAAGGUUGUGAGUAAAACCAAUGAUAAGAGUAAGAAAGUGAAAGAAAGUAAAGCAGAAGACAAACCAGAGAGUAAAAAGAAGAGUGAGAAAAAAGUAACUGAGGAGAAGGUGGUUGAAAAGAAAGUGAUUGAGAAGAAGAAAGCUAAGGAAAGUAAACGAGAAAAUCAAAAAUCAGCAAAUAAAAAACCAACAGAAAAGAAAGCAGUUGAAAAGAAAGUAGUCGAAAAGAAAGUAGUCGAAAAGAAAGCAGUUGAAAAGAAAUCAAUUGAGAAGAAAGAAAUUGGAAAAAAAACAAUUGAGGAUAACAAAGCCGAACAAAAUGAUAAAAAAAGUGAUAAAAAAAGUGAUCAAGUAAAGAGUAAAGAUGAGAAACCAACAAGUAAAGGAACAAGGAAAAGACGAGGACGUAGAAGAUCAAAACUGGCCAAUAAACCAGAAGAAAAAAUAGUUGUUGAAGAACCACCUGAAAGGAAUGAGAAAGUGGAGGAGAUUAAGAAAAGUUUGGUAAAAGAUAGUAUAUUAAAAAAAGCAAUUGAAGAACUAAUCAAGUUUUAUGAGAGAGAAAAUAAAGCAAAACAAGACAAAUCCAAGGGUGAUAAGAAAAGUUUAUUUGAGGAAGACAAAGGAAUUGAAAAUAAAUUAUUCUCAUUAGAUAUUCAAUUGAAGAAAAGUUUAAGUAAGAAUAAGAAUUUCAAUAAGAAAUUAAUUGCAAUUCCAAACAGUAUUUAUAAUGUUAAAGAUGAAAAGGACUUUAAGAUUUGUUUGAUCAUUAAGGAUAAAGUGAUUGAAAAAGAAGAAGAAUUGGAAGAAAUUGAAAAAAGUGAGAUACCUAAAUUGAAAAAAAUAUUGCCAUUUGCAGAAUUGAUUAAAUUUAAAUCAUAUGAACAAAAGAGAAUUUUUUUGAAUGAAUAUGAUUUAUUUUUGAGCGAUGAAGAUCUAGUUAAGAGUUUACCUAAAAUAUUAGGGAAAGAAUUUUUCUCAAAGAGUAGUAUCAAGAUACCAGUUGGUGUUAGGAUUAACAGUUCAAAAAAUGCGCAAAGUAAUAAAAAGUUUUCUGCUGAGACAAUUAAGAAUCAAGUGAACAAAGUUUUGAAUAGUACAUUUUUCAUCAAAUCGAGUGGAAAUGUACUCCAUAUCCAGGUGGGAAAUUUUGAGAAAUUGAGUAAAGAGGAGCUUUUCAGCAAUUUGAAGACAAUAGUUGAAUAUUUCAGUAAUGACGAUUACGAGAGCAAUAUUAGAGAAAUGGAUUUGAAAUUGACCAAAUCGGUAUCAUUACCCAUUUACAUUUCAAACGAGUUAUACGUUGGCGAAGAAGAUAUUCAAGAAGAAAAGAAAGACGAGAGCAAAGAGGUAAUAGAAGACAUAGAGGUUGACGAAGAGUUCUACACAGCUAAUGAGUUGCCCAGUGGUCUUAAAUUGACUCAAUUUGAAAAGGGCUUGCUUGAACUUGGACAGUUUGAGACAACCCCAAGCUUCUUGGAAAAAAAAAUAAAAAAACUCAACAAAGUUGAAGCAAAGAAGGCUGCUGAAACCAAGAAGAAUCAGAAAAAGAGAAAGCGCGAGGAAAGCAAAGAUUCCGAAAACGACAAGGUUAUAGAGAAGACUCUCAAGGCUGUCAAGACUGAAAAAGCUGUCAAAUCUAAAAUAGCUGAAAAGGUUACAGUAGCUGAAAAGGUCGAGAAAACUGAGGCAGCUGCAAAAACAGACACCAAGACCCAAGAUGCCAGCACUGGAGAACAAACAGUUGCCAAAACCAGAAAACCCUGGCAAAGAAGAAAGAGGUCCAAGGUUGCCCAACACACUAGCUAGUGCAUAGAAUGUAGUUCUUAUUUACAUAACCUCAAUUCCAGCUCAUAUCGAUAUUUCAACACCUUCUAAUAAUACCUGCCUCCCG